CGGACAUGUUAUUUAAUAAACGGGACUAGUUGCCUCCCGGAGUUUGUGACAGCACUUCAUCUACAUUUUGUACUCAUAUACAAAAGAGGGAGGAAGGUACCUUUGAAAAGAGAAGCCAACUAGUUAACUUAUUGGGCUGAUUCUAUAAAUAUGAUAUGAUAAAAGUAUAUAGGCUAGAGUUAUUUGGUACUUAUACAUUUAUCUAGUGAAAUAAAUAAGGUAUGGGUAAGCUGAUUAGAACAACAACAAAUUAAAAAAGUCAAAAGGAUAGCUGGUGUGAACUCCAUAUUUGAUAUAGGAAAAGGAAUUUAGAGAGAAGAAUUAUACAGCAAAAAUGGCUACAGCUUCUUCUGUUUCAUCUCCUUCAAUGGAAAGGAUCAUGUCACUUCCACAUUCCUCCAUGAGGUUGCGUCAUUCCAAUGCCCCUUCUCUACUUCAUCUUUCUCCCCAAGCUGCUCCUUCGUCGUUUUCAUCGUCUCUUAGGCCGCCAUCAGGCUUUCGACGUCACAUAGAUUCCAAGAGAUUUCCCAUCUUCAAGAUCAGGGCUUCUUCUGAAGAGGAAGAAAAUUCUGAAUCUUUAGCUCGUAUCAGAAAGGUAUUUUCCAAUGUAAAAGACAAGUGGGAUGAACUCGAAAAGAAACCUACUGUCUUUCUUUAUGGAGGUUCAGCCGCCCUUGGUCUUUGGUUUUCUUCAAUCCUUAUUGAUGCAUUAGACUCCAUUCCCAUGUUACCCAAGUUUUUGGAGUUGGUCGGCUUUGGAUACUUUGGUUGGUUCGUCUACACAUAUCUUCUCUUUAAGUCUGGAAGGGAUGAACUGGGAAGUAAUAUUCAAGCUCUUAAGAAAAAGAUUACUGGGGAGGAAUAGCAGAAGUCAGUUUCCGCACUGCUGGUCAGAGAACAUCUGAACAAAUAAGCUUCAGCUACAAUGCUUUCUUCUCUAUUCAUCAAUUAUUCUUGUAUAUUCUUGUCUUGUAUGAAGACCUUUGUACAUCACAAACUAGUCAGCUACCUCAUGUAAUCCCUCUUUCCCCCAAUGCAGAAUUUGUGUAGAUAGUCUAGUGAAAGAAAGGACAUUGCGCUGAAUAGAGACAUCCAGAAAAUUUUAGAAACUAAUUAAUCUAGUUGUUUGUGCUAUUUAUCCUUCCUUAAAAAGUGAAGAGAACCAUUUGACAGAACAGAUA